AUGAGCGUGGAUGCAUUGGGAAGCCCCGUGAUGGACCCUACGUUUUCCAAACGGAACACGGCGCUGAGAUUAGUUGACUUGGCAGGGGCUCACCACCAUCACCAUCAUCACCACCAUACCCCUCAGAGCGUGACAGGCUUCCCGGGGUUCAGCAGCCAUCCACACUCAAUGGCUCACUCGCACCCUGGGGAGAUUACUGCGGAACCCCGCCUGGGGCCGAGUCCAUUCGGGCCAGAACACAUGGGGCACUCCGCGGCCCUCAAAAUCAGCCCAGCCCAUCAUUAUCCCCACCACCAUCACCACCACCACAAUCAUCACAUGGCAGGCCACAGUGAAGUGGUCUCCAGUCAAACGGGAGCUUUUGGCCCGGUUCAGGCGACAUCGGUCCCCUAUUCCAUGUCUCACACGGCCCAGGCUUUAUCCGCAGGUAGGGAUUUCCUCAUCCGGAGAGAUCUGACAGCUCAAGCCAUGCCAGUACUGACUGACCAGACUGCUGGUUCAGCCUCUCACCACGGAAUGUUUGUCUCAACAACAGGUAGCUAUCCCGGACACUAUGGUCAUCACCCUGACGCUGGGAACCAUACCCUCUUCUCCGGACUCCAUCACGACCAGCCUUCAAGCGGAUCACCGGGUGGCCAAGCGUUGAAUGGACAAAUAAGGUUAGGACUACCUGGAGAAAUGUAUGUUAGGUCUGAUCACUUGAGUCAAGUGGCAAGCUCCAGGGCUGAUCCGUUCUCCGCCUCGCCUUUGCAUGGCUACGGUGGUCUGAAUCUGAACAUGAAUCUUAGCGCUCACCACCACCACGGAGCCGGGGCUUUUUUCCGCUACAUGAGGCAGCCGAUAAAGCAAGAGCUGAUUUGCAAGUGGCUGGAGCCGGAGCACUCGCCGAAGAAACUUUGCUCCAAAACUUACAGCACCAUGCACGAACUCGUAACGCAUGUGACGGUGGAGCACGUUGGAGGACCAGAGCAAGCGAACCAUAUAUGUUUUUGGGAAGAGUGUCCGAGGGAAGGCAAACCAUUUAAAGCAAAGUACAAACUUGUAAAUCACAUUCGAGUUCACACCGGGGAGAAACCGUUUCCAUGCCCGUUCCCUGGCUGUGGGAAAGUGUUUGCAAGAUCCGAGAACCUUAAGAUUCACAAAAGGACGCACACAGGUGAGAAGCCCUUCAAAUGUGAGUUUGACGGCUGCGACAGACGCUUCGCCAACAGCAGUGACCGGAAAAAGCACUCCCACGUCCACACCAGCGAUAAGCCCUACAACUGCAAAGUGAGAGGCUGCGAUAAGUCCUACACACACCCCAGCUCCCUGAGGAAACACAUGAAGGUGCACUGUAAGUCCCCCCCGCCCAGUUCAGGCUACGAGUCGUCCACCCCGUCCCUGGUCUCCCCCUCCUCAGACUUGGGCCGGGAGCCAGGGGGCUCCUCGGUGCUGUCGGAGCCGGUGGGAGCCUCCCAGCCCGCGAAUUUAAGUGAAUGGUACGUGUGCCACAGUUCAGGUGCCAGCGGCGCCCAGACACCACCCAGCGAGCCCUCCACACCCGACCCCACAGACGAGCCACCUUACAGAAACCCAGAGCCGAGGGACGCGUUUUAACCCAAUUGGACUCACACACGGCGACAGAAGUGACAGAAAACAUUUUCAGAAGCUUAACUAUUAAAAAUAGUCUGGCUUUGGUGCCUCCUAUUUGCCUGUGAAGGUCCACUGGUCCCCCACUUUUCUUUCUUUCUUUUUUUUUUUUUUUGGAUGAGCCACCAAACAGACACCCAGAGCCAAGAGACGCGUUUUAACCACAUUGGAAGGAAAGAGUGCAAACCUUAAAGACGUGCUAACUUCCAGGCACGAUAAAAGAAUAUAUUUUCAAACCUCAGCUAUUCAAAAUGGUUGGCUCAGUGCCUGUACGCCCUGACGGCCCACUGGUCCACUUGUGGAGAGAGUCGUGUAAAUCCGUUAGACUAUGUGGUACAUUAUUGUAGGCUAGGCAUGUUGGUGUAAAAUUAUUUUGUAAAUUCCAGUUUUGACUUCAAUAUGUUUUUAUUUAUUUUUCAAUCUGAUAUUGAAGGAUUUUUGUAUUAUCGAACCAAAGUGCAUGUUUCAAUUAGGGCAUAAAUGUACAUUUGUAAAUUUUGUAAGUUUCGAUGUGUUGAUGUUGAUAGUUUUGGAGGGAUCUGUCUUUGAGCAGCUUCUUGUUGAUAACUGCAGUUAUUUGUACAAAACAUUUUAUGUUUACAUCCCCCCCCCCCCCAUUUGUGCAGAAGGUCAACAAUUGAACUGUUUCAUACGCCUGCAGUAUUUGCUAUACAACCGUGAAAUUCUCAAUGUUUUAUCAAAGUGGGCAUUUUGUGAUUUUUGUAUCAUUGUCGUCAAUUUUUUUUUUUUUCAUUUUUGAAUAUUUGAACUCGAGCGCCACUCAAAAUGCGUACCGAAUUGCCUUGUAAUUUGUGAGUAUUUUGAAUAAAUCUUGUAUGACAAAAGUGAAAACGCUGCUGAGCCAGUGAGGUUUAUGAAAUUUAAGUAUCUUCAGGGAAAUAUGUGCAACAUUUAUUUUUAUGGCACUAAACAGGUGUUUAAAAAAAAAUAUUUCCAUAAAAAAAAAAAAAAAACUGUUGCUUCCUUACACGCAGCUUGUUUGUAAAGUCCAGUAGCUAAAAACAUGUCCAAGUCUGCUUUUCAGAUGCAGAGAA